CCAUCGAUUUAAAACCUGCCGGUGGUUCUCCCGCUUCAGAAGACUGAUAUGAAAGCUGUAAUCCUCGCCGCCGGUUACGGGACCAGACUGCAGCGGGAUGUCAGCUCGGACAGAACCGGAAGGUUCGCUCACCUGGCGGGCAUCCCGAAGCCGCUGCUGCCGGUGGGUCCGUGCGCCCUGAUAACCCACUGGGUUCGGGCUCUGACCGCCGCCGGUUCCGUGGACUGCAUUUAUGUCGUGACCAACGCUCUGUACCGGGCUGCGUUUGAAGAAUGGGCUGCAGAUUUUAGAAACGUCAAGAUCCUCAGCGAUCAAACAAGAAGCAACGAUGAACGUCUGGGAGCCGUGGCCUGCCUGCAGCUCGCAGUCCAACAUUUCACCAUCCAGGACCACGUCGUCGUCGUUGGAGGAGACACGCUCUUCAAGGAGGAUUUCAGCCUUCGUGAAGUCCAGCAGAGAUUCUCAGAGGUUCAGGCGAAGUGUGGAGACGGCUGCUUGGUUCUGUCGUACCCCUGCAGAGACCAAGAAACACAAAAAUAUGGAAUCCUGGAGGUCGACGGAGACCUUCGAGUCGUCUGCAUGAAGGAGAAACCUCUUCCUUCAGAGACGGAGUCCAGGAGAGCCUGUCCGUGUUUUUACGUACUUUCAGAGGAGAGUCUUCCUCUGCUGGAUGUUUUCCUUCAACAAAAAAAGGACGCUCCGAUCGAAGAGAAAGACGCUCCUGGGAACUUUGUGUCUUGGCUCAUUCAGAGGAAACCGGUGUACGUCCAUCAGAUUUUGGGGCGUUUCGAUGUUGGAAACCUGCCUUCGUACGUCGAGUGCGACCUUUACUUCAGGGAGAAGCUCCCAGACGUAAAAUCCUACAUGGCUUAGAGGAAAUUGGAGCAAAAAUCUUCCAUUUCAAGAU